AGUGCAUCAUCAUCUUUACCACAAUCUACAACAACACUGUCGAAAUGGCCGAUAAGAAGAAGGCUCUUUUCAUUUGCCUAGGAAACAUCUGCCGUUCGCCGAUUGCGGAGGCGGUCUUCCUGAAAACGAUCGGCGAUGCCGGCGUUGCCGAUCAGUGGGAAGUGGACAGUGCUGCCAUCGGUGGGUGGCACGUUGGCAACCAGCCGGACCACCGAGCGCUGGCUACGAUGAAGAAGCACGAUCUCCCGUACGACAACCGCGCGCGGCAGAUCAAAAAAGACGACUUCAACCACUACGACUACAUCUUCGGUAUGGACGAGGAAAACAUGUCCGACCUGAAAAGCCGAGCUCCGAAAGGAUCCAAGGCGAAGCAACUGUUCUUGGGCGAUUAUGAUACGGAAGCCCCGGGGAAGAUAAUCCGCGAUCCGUACUACGAUCAGGGUUCCGAUGGGUUCGAACAGUGCUACGUGCAGUGUGUGCGCUGCUGCGAGGGAUUUCUGAAUAAGGUGCAAAAGGGUGAUAUUUAAGCUUGUGUACAAUUAAAGACGUCAUUCAAUGUGAUAGUUUUAAA